AUGUCAUUAAAUUAUGAUGAAAGAGAGAGACUUCAAAAAUUAGAAGAGGAACAAGAUCAAUUAAAUUCUUCAUUAAUUGCAUUAACAACACAUUUUGCUCAGGUUCAAUUUCGCCUAAAACAAAUAGUCGAUGCGACUCCGCAAGAAAAAGAAACACUUUUGAAAGAUCUGGAAGAAUUUGCAUUUAGUGGUAUUCCUGAUAUCAGAGACUAUAAGACUGGUGUACAAUUAACCCAAGCUGUGACUGAACAGGAGCAUGAACAGAAAUUAGCCCAACAAAGAAUUAAGCAAAAAGAAUUAAUAUGUAAACUGAAAAAUCAAUUAGAAGACUUGGAACAGUAUGCAUAUGAGACUGGAGAAGCUGGAAUGCCUCAAAGUAUGAUUUUGGAAAGACAGUCAGUUAUAAUUGAACAGUUGAGAGGAAAAUUACCAAUAGAUUUUGAAAUCGGGGAUCAAAUGAGUCCUGAAGAGUUACGAAUGCAAGUUGAUAAAGCAAUUAGACAGUUGGUUAAUCCUGUAAAAAUGAAAGAACAGUUAGUAGCUCAAUUGAAGACACAGAUAUCUGAUCUAGAAAGAUUUAUUGAAUUUCUUCAAGGCAAAACAAAUGAUGAAGGUCAACAUUGUACUUGUAACUGUCCUGUUCAUAAUAAAUCACUGUCUAUAUUAGAUCAUUCAGAUUAUUCUGGUGAACAUUUUGCUUCUGAUCAUCAUAGAAAUCAGUUACACGAAUCAUUGGAAAAUAAAAGGUUUAAUGGUACAGUUACAAAAAUAGUAAGAAGAGCACUAAUGCUGCUUCAAAUGUUUGCCAUUACCCAGUUCGGAUGUGGAAGCAGAGCAUUUGAAAGAAAUAUGUUGAAGAAAACAACUAAAGGUUCUCAUUGGGGUGAUCUACGUGCUCAAUUAGAAAUAAUUAUCAAUCAAGUUAUAGAAUUGGUGGAAAAUCAAGAACCACCAUUUGAAGACAGUGAUUAUACUAGUGAUUCUGAAGAU